AUGUCUUUCAGAUCGUAGAAGAUAAUACAUGAUACUACCAUUUGCUCCUAGCUACUACGAUGUUCCAUAUUGCGAACGAUUUAUUAUUAGUACCGUUCGUCCUAGCGCUUGGAAUGGAUCGGACUAGAACUCGUCGAAUACGUCUUAAUGACGGAAAUGACCGUCAUUCGUCCGAAUUCUUGACGCGAUGAUUAACACAGAUGCGAUUAAUAUCAAUCGACCUGUUCGCGGCUCUUAAGCUAUCGUCACCAUGGAUCGAUCUUCAAGAUACUAAGCUUGAGAAUCGCGAUACGUUGACGGUGUAAGCACUAUUAUCAUGUUCCGACAAUCACUUCGACUGGCACGGAAGAGGAACUUUGGGUUACGGCAACUAUCUGUGCCGCCGACUCCUAUAACCUUACUUCGUCCGUAUUCUGACAAUCAGACGAUUCGAGACAGUCGUUCCCCUAAUGACCCAGCGCAGACUCUCUCCCAGGCAGGCAGCAUCUCGGCGGUGAUAAAAGAGGACCACCGGCAAAUUGAAAAGUAUCACGACAAGAUUGUCAAUUCGAAGGAUCAUGAUACUCAGCGGCGAUACCAAAAUGCCUUUGUGUGGGAGCUGACGAGGCAUGCAAUAGCCGAAGAGCUAGUUGUAUAUCCUUCAAUAGAGACGGGCCUCAACAACGGGAAAGAGAUAGCCGAUAAAGAUCGAGAAGAGCAUCAGGUAACUAAAGAGCAGCUCUACAAGUUCCAGAACUUAACCCCUAACGAUAGUAAUUUCAUCCCAACUCUCGAGUCGCUGAUGACGGAUCUCAAAAUUCAUAUCAAACAAGAGGAGGAACGCGAUCUCGUCAAACUGGAAGAAGCACUACGGCCGACAAGGUCGAGAGACCUAGCCCAGCAAUUCGAGAUGACGAAGAUAUUCACGCCAACACGUAGCCACCCAAGCGCGCCGAAUAAGCCACCAUACGAGACUAUUGCUGGCCUUAUGACAGCGCCACUGGACAAGCUUGGCGAUAUAUUUCGCGCAUGGCCGGACGAGCCCGGGCCAAGGCCAGCUUCUGGUGGAGCUGGGAGAUGAUUGCGAGCGCGCAAGAACACGCGGUUACGUCUGCUAGAACAUUGCGGUAACGUUCUAGUAGAGGUUAGCGAUGAGGAGUUUACUAAAAAGUGAAUUAUAUUAGGUUUUCUAUACGUGGAUAAAUAGGUAUAUUAGUGUCGCAUAACGUUCAUCCAAGUCCAAGCUUACCAUACAUAACGUGCCAUAGCUUAGACGAGGCAAGGAACGAGAUUUGAGCAACGAUACAUGCAUAUGCACCACGUUAAAAAUAAUUUUUAUUAUCAUUGGUCACGUAUCUCGUAUUCAGUUGUCCGAGGUCUAGUGAGAAAUCAUAAUCAAUGGUUCGAUCGCGGCAAUUUAGCCGAUUCGA